AUGGAUAAAGAGACUUUCAAGGACUUCCUCCCGACCUCGUUUGGCGGGUCGGGAGAGGGGUUCGAUCCAACGGCCCAGAUGGAGAAAGCAAGGCGGAAGGUGCUCGGAUCGACGGCACCUCAGGCUUCCACAUCAACAGCGUCAAAGAGCGACAGUGACUCCGAUGAGGAUUCAGACGGUGACUCGGAAGAUGAAGACGAAUAUCCCACUUCUCAUGAAAUCGUGUUCAAAACGCACGACCGCGCCGUGACCACCAUCACCGUAGACGCCUCCGGGUCUCGCAUGAUCACAGGCUCAACGGAUUGCACCAUCAAACUUUAUGACUUUGCUACCAUGACCCCCAAUACUCUCCGCGCAUUCAAAUCAGUUGAUCCUACCGCCACGAAGUCUUCUGCGAAUUCAGAAUCUCAUCCCAUUCACGUGGCGAAAUUCAAUCCAAACUCACCAAGCCAAGUGCUUGUGAUCUCCGCGACACCCCAGGCGAGAAUAUUGUCUCGCGACGGCGAGGUAAUGACCGAGUUCAUCAAAGGUGACAUGUAUCUCCGAGACAUGAACAUGACCAAAGGCCACAUCAGUGAGAUCACAAGCGGAACGUGGCAUCCUCAUGUCUACGAUCUCUGUGUGACCGCGGGAACAGACAGUACCCUUCGUAUCUGGGAUGUCAAUGUGCGGACGAAGCAGAAGGACGUAAUCGUUCACAAAUCGAAACUGGCUGGCUCAGCAGGCCGAAGUAGAAUGACGGCUGUGACCUGGGGCGGUCAGGUUGAAAGUUCCAAUAGCCUUCUUGUAGCUGCAGCUCUUGAUGGUUCCCUCCUCAUGUGGGGGGGAGAUGGUCCUUACACCAGACCUAGUGCAGAGAUCAGCCAGGCCCAUGAAAGCAACACUUGGACAAGCGGCAUUGACAUCGGUUCAGAUGGCCGACUCGUCGUCACAAGAGGUGGCGACAAUACAAUUAAGCUAUGGGACACACGAAAAUUCAAACAACCGGUGAAUACCGCAUCGCACGUCUCGACAUCGAGCCAACACCCGACGUCGAACAUCAUGUUCGCACCAAACUCAUCCUCCAUCAUCACCGGGUCGGAGACUGGGGACUUACACAUCCUCAAUCCCGCCACUCUUAAACCAGAGCUUGUCACACCAGUCACUCCUGAAUUACCCCUUAUUAGUGUACUUUGGCAUGAUAAGCUCAAUCAGAUCAUCACAGGGAGUGCCCAUGCCGAGACACAUGUACUCUUCAACCCAAAAAUUUCCACAAAAGGAGCCGUCAUGGUGAUGUCCAAGCAACCGAAACGUCGACAUGUCGAUGACGACCCGAGUCUGACCACUGAUAUAUCGCAAGGUGUAUCUGGUGAUGCAAUUGUGAAUUCCGGAACAAGCAAUGAAGCUAUACAAAGCAGUAGCUUCACGUCGAGACAUCCAACCAUUGGUCUCACUGCCUCGGGAAGAUCCAGAGAUCCAAGACGGCCACAUGUACCGGUUUCGACGCCAUUUGCCAAAAGUCAGCCUGACGAGCGACACAUCAAGGAGAGAAUUCCUCUUAGUACGAUGAGAGAGGAGGACCCCAGAGAGGCGCUGCUCAAGUAUGCUGAAAAGGCGGAGAAAGAUCCCAUGUUCACCAAUGCCUGGAAGAAGACGCAGCCAAAAACCAUCUAUGCUGAUCUGAGUGAUGAGGAAGAUGGUGGGCCGCAGAAAAAGAAACAGAAGACAUAA